GCCACCUCAUUGUCUGCAAUUCGGAAUAGCACACGGAAAAUACUGGAGGAUCUCAGCAGAUAUUACAAGGAACAGCCAAUGCAGAAUUUCUAUUACUUGUCCUAAAAGCAGCGGAAUAAUUAAAAAGAAGAAGAUAUUACUAAAAGUCUGUUUGAUGUGGGAUGCGGGGGUCCCCGUCCAAGCCAGCACUUAAUGUCCAUCACUAAUAUUCCCUGACCAAUGAGGCAGUUAAGAGUCGAGCUCAGUGGUGAGUCUGGAGUCACGUAUAGGCCAGACCAGGUCUGGCAUCCUCUUUAAAACUGCAGCUGAGUCCGACCAAGACCAUCAGGACCCGAUGUUACAAAGUAAACAUUCUGCUGGCUUUGAUCCUUUCUCAAUGGAGCAGAUUAAAAUGGUCAGCAAAUACUUAUCGAUAGGGAAAUUUGAGGUCAGAUUUAUCAUGAGACUCUAUUGGAAAUGUGCAGAGAAAAUGAGAUGUUUCCGGAAGCGUUCAACUGUUCCACUGUUAGCUUGCCUUGCAAUUUGUCUCCUUUGUCUCAAUCUGUUUCUGGAAGAGGACCGAUAUGUCAUGGAAGGAGAGCGGAGACUUUCUAGAGAAUUGACUUCUCAUCAACUUAACUCUGAAAAAUAUGUCCAUACUUUCAAAGAUUUAACUAACUUUUCAGGAGCAAUAAACGUCACCUAUCGUUAUCUUGCAGGAUUUCCUAUAGCUAGAAAAAAAUAUUUAACAGUAGGACUAUCAUCUGUGAAAAGGAAACGAGGUAACUACCUACUAGAAACAAUUAAAUCCAUCUUUGAUCAGUCCAGCUAUGAAGAGCUGAAUGAAAUUAUAGUUAUUGUGCACUUAGCAGACUUUGAUCUAUCGUGGUGUGAAAAUGUCAUCCAAGACAUCUCCAGAAAAUUUGCUCAUCACAUUCUAUCUGGCCGACUGAUGGUUAUUCAUACUCCAGAGGAGUACUACCCCAGUUUAGAUGGCCUCAAAAGGAACUAUAAUGAUCCCGAAGAUCGCGUAAGAUUUAGAUCUAAACAGAAUGCAGAUUAUGCUUUUCUACUUAACUUUUGUGCUAAUUUGUCAGACUACUACGUCAUGUUGGAAGAUGAUGUACACUGCUCUAAAAACUUCCUAUCAGCCAUUAAAAAAGUAAUUACCUCAAGAGAAGGCUCCUACUGGGUGACACUAGAGUUUUCUAAAUUAGGAUAUAUUGGAAAACUCUACCAUUCUUGUGACCUCCCUCGACUGGCACAAUUUUUACUAAUGUUUUAUCAGGAAAUGCCAUGUGAUUGGCUACUCAUCCAUUUCCAAGGAUUGCUUGCCCAGAAAGAUAUCAUACGGUUCAAGCCUUCUUUGUUUCAGCACAUGGGAUAUUAUUCUUCCUUCAGAGGGACUGAAAACAAACUUAAAGAUGAUGACUUUGAAGAAGAUUCCUUUGAUAUUCCUGACAAUCCACCUGCAACUCUUUGUACAAACAUGAACGUGUUCGAACACUACAAUCCCAGUAAAGCAUACAGCAGUGUUGAUGAAUACUUCUGGGGAAAAUCAGCUUCAGCUGGAGAUUAUUUCAUAAUUGUGCUCGACAAACCUGCUAAAAUUGAUAAACUGAAAAUCCAAACGGGCACAGACGACAGACAAAAUGACAUCUUGCAUCAUGGAAGACUGGAGGUUGGCCAAAAUUUGCUGAUGGUGAAAAAGGAAAAGCAAUGUUCUAGCUACACCACGCUAGGGGAAUUUAAACAUGGAAAUAUUGAGAUAAAGGAUAUUGGCCACAAGGUUAACUUUGACAUUCACUGUAUUCGAAUACUGGUAACAGAAAACCAGAAAGAAUGGCUGAUUAUUAGGAGUAUCAGCAUUUGGAUCAGUCAGACAUCCAUAUAGAAGACUAUCUCAUGGAAAGAGAUGAAAAAGCUUUUGCAAAUCAGAGUACAAAAUCAAGGCAGCUGCUCAAAAGUUAUCAUUUUGUGUAUACCAGAGUACAAGAGGUUUGCAUUUGAAAUAUGUUAUUCCCUUCUCCCCCCAACAAAAAUUUUAGGAAGUUUAGUAAUGAGGGAACCAGCAGAAUUCUUCAUCAACUCAAGUAUAACUGUUUGCAUUUUACCUGGCAUAAUCAUGAAACUAAACUGUGUGAUGAUAAUCUAAUUGUUUAAACAGCUUAUCUAGAGUUUCUAACUCUGCUUUUUAAUAGCUGGCGUAAGUAAGACACGAAUUAGCCAAUGCCUAAGCAGCAGAGAUAGGGAUUCUGGCCAGAUUAUUAAACGUUCAGAUAUCACUAUUCUACACAGUAAUCUCAUAAAUUUACAUGUUUCUUCUGCCAUUUCUCCUGCUAUUUUAAUUUUCCCAAAAGUGGGAAUAACACCAGUUCAAUUGUGAGGAACAGUCUGGUUUCUACAGCAUUAUAUUUGCUUGUCUUCAGAUUUGUUUGUGCUUUAACUCUAUGUCAAUCAUGUGCAGAUGAGGUACCGGACCUUUACAUUCUUCUCUGUCACUGCCCUGGAACUGAAAUGAUUUUGGCAAAAUAUUAAUUCUGUGGGUCAAUUUCUUAACUAACUUCUAAGUUCAAGUUCAACCAUAACCAUCACUGUAGAAAGUUUUAGAAGGUUUCCUUAUGACAGAAAUAUUGAUUUUGUUAGAAAUUUCACCAUUCAAUAAAUACUGUACAUUACUCCAAAACACAAAUUUAAUCCGACUUCCUAUUCAAUGAAAUAAAACUAAAAUUCAGUGGUUACAUUCAAAACCAAUGCAAUUCUAAAUCAUAGUGCAAAAGACUUUUUUAAAGGGAAUAUGAUUGCAAAAAAUUUAGAGAAGCUAUUUUUAUUUUUGUAAACCAUUAGUGUACUGUAAGUCAAUUGUAUUAUUUCAAUUUCUUGCUUUUUUAAAUGAAGAUCUAUCAGAUUAUUCACAGAUUGCCACUAUAGGGACUUAACAAAAACAUUUCUUUCUGUUUGCAAUUUUUCAAUAGGCGUUCUUCAUAAUGGAUUCAACCAGUUUUAGAGUGUGACAUAUGUAAAUGGACCUAUUUGCUAGUAUAUUAAUGACCUGACUCUGAUUUUCCAUAUCUGACACUUAGAUGACACCCUAUCAUCGCAAUUAGGAUUUGGGGUAGCACAAUACAUACUUUGCAUAUCUUUAAAUCUGGGUUAGCUGCUCUCUCAAGGUACUAGUGUUACAGUGAAAGUCAUUACAAAUCAAUUCAGUAAUAAUCUGCACGUGAAAAGACGCAAAUAUUGUUUCAGUGUAAUAGGAAUUAGGUGAAGGUUUGUGAAUGCCUUUCUGAAGAUAGGCUGAGUACUUUAAACAUUAAUUAAUGGAACAUGCUAUUAAGCUUAGUAAAUGACAAAAAAUAAAAAUUCCUCAGUAUUGUUGAACAUGUAGAGAAGUUAAUUCCAACAAAAAUUAACCUAUGCCCAAAGGCCACUUUAUUAGGUACAUCUGUCACCUGCUCAUUAAUGCAAAUAUCUAAUCAACCAAUCAUGCGUCAGCAACUCAAUGCAUUAAAAACAUGCAGAAGUGGUCAAGAGGUUUAUUUGUUCUUCUGAUCAAACAUCAGAAUGGGGAAGGAAUGUGAUCUAAGUAACUUUGACCAUGAAAUGAUUGUUGGUGCCAGAUGGCAUGGAUUGAGUAUCUCAAAAACUGCUGAUAUCCUGGGAUUUUCACACACAGCAAUCUCUAGAGUUUACAAAGAAUGGUGCAAGAAACAAAAAAAUCAUCAGUGAGGCGCAUUUCUGUGGGUCAAAACUCUCUGUGAAUGAGAGAGGUCAGAGGAGAAUGGCCAGACCGGUUUAAGCUAACAGGAGGGCAAUGGUAACUCAAAUAACCACAUGUUAGAACAGUGGUGUGCAGAAAAGUAUCUCUGAAUGCAUAACAUGUUGAACCUUAAAGUGGAAGGUUUCCAGCAGCAGAAAACCACACUGCGUUCCACUCUUGUACGCAACAAAGAGGCCACUAAGAGUAGAUAAUAUUUGUUAACACAGAGACAAAUGUCAAAAAUUCUAUACCACCAAACAUGUAGGAUUAACUCCUAAAUUUACAAUAGUGUAAACCUAUAUUAAUCAGUGUAAAGAGCAUUUGCAUGAGCUGAUACCACAAAGACAGUAUUGAUUUGUUUCCUCAAUUUCCUCCCCCUCCCCACCUUUGCACUGUCACUUGACAGAUUAAGCUUGUAUGUCACCAGUCAAUAUGGUUACUGAAUGACACUGAAGACCAAGGCUGUCAGACGUUUUCCUUCCUGAAAGAGAAGAUUCAGAGAGAGAAGGAAGACAGACCUUCCCUUACACCAGUGGUCCCCAACCUCUGGGCUGUGGACUGAUACAUUGCUGCGAAGAAUGCAGUACUGCAGCGGUAGUUGGAAUCCUCUGAUCUGGGCCGACAUUUACGUGCCGGGCGGCACUUAAUUAAUUAGC